AUGUCUGGUCAGACUUUUGAAUCAAGUGCAAAGUCCAAGAUGGAGCAGGGCAUGAAUAUGAAGGAUGAGGAGAAGAUUUAUAGGAGAAAUGGGAUCCUCUACUCCCAGAUCAGUUGUUAUGAUUGCAGUAUGUUGGUGAUAUUUCGAAACCCCAAAGACACUGCUGUCUCUUAUUACCAUUUCAUGAACAACAACCCAGUGCUGCCCAAAGCCGAGUCCUGGGACAAAUUUUUCUCUGAUUUCAUGUCCGGUGAAGUGGGCUGGGGUUCAUAUUUUGACCACGCUGUGGCCUGGGACAAACAAAUGGACAACCCUAACGUGUUGAUUGCGACCUAUGAGGAACUGAAAGAGGUAUCUUAA